UGCACAAAGAUAGCUAGCUAGUUACUACGUUUAGAGCCAACAGAAGAAUCUAUUGUGUGUGUAUUGAGGGAGACUGUCUGGGCCUAGCUGUGAAUACUGUACUGAGACCCCAAGCCACGGCCGCUAUUGACCUCAUCGCUCAGAUCAUACACAAGCUUCUAUAGCUAGCUACAUAACAUAGAGUCAAGAGAUGGGUUCCACUGGAUAUAACUGCCUCCUACUACUAUUAGCCCUAUUGUCGGGAACUAGCGCUCAAAUUGCCACUCGUAAUUGUUCAUUGCUGAGAGAGGCUCCCCCCAGUAAUGCAGUGUUUGCUCUAGGAGGGGGGGGUUGUGUCAACUGUACCCUUGGUUUCAGGAGUGCUCGUUGGGGUAUAGAAUUGGACGGUGCCUUCUCUGCAAUCAAUGCUGGCCAAGAGCCAGACGAAUGCGACUGUAUCAUCAGCGAACGCAGACUCUGUUUCCAAAAUGUGGGCGCUGACAUUGUACCCAACUAUCGUUGUCAGGUCCAGGUAGAUGUGGGCAGUGACCUAGUGGAGUGCGGCUUCCAAGUACAGCUAGCCAGCCUGCCUACCAUUGAUUCUACUCUUGUCAAGACUACUACUGUCGACCUAGAGGCAUCUGCUACACUGACACUGCGUUUGUCUGAGCCUGGUCUGCCCAUCCCUACCAUAAGCUGGCUCAAAGACUCCAACCCUAUCACCCUGGAUGGUAGAUACAGUAUAAACUCUGCUGGAUCGCUCACCAUUGCUGAUGUGAUGGCGGAGGAUAGAGGAGCCUAUCAAGUGUCCAUCUCCAAUAUAGCAGGAACUGUAACUGAGAACUACAUGCUCUUUGUGAACUUUGCUGUCCUCGAUCUGACAUAUAGUGAGCUGGCUAAUGGUGAUGGUAGUGUGCAGUGUGUGGGUAGUGGGUGGCCUGCCCCCUCCCCGCAAGAUGUCUCUCUGACUGGCUCUAGCACACAAGUCCGAACAUCACCAUCCAUGUAUGAAGUCAGCAUUGUUGCUACUGAGACCAUCAGCAACCCAGCAGCCAAUUGUUUGCCCUCGUACAUUUGCACUAUUGCAUUUGGAAUGCUUAGUCUCUCUCAAACCCUAACCCCAAGUUGUGGUACCCCUCCCCCCCCAAUCCUCAUUCUUGAUGGUCUAACAGUGGACACUAUUACAUCCUCCUCUGCUAUUGUACGCUGGAGCUACAAUGGAGAUGCUUCUUUCACCAUCACAGUGUCUGGUCCUCCAGGCUACACCUUCACCUUGGACAACUCAAUGAGAUCUGGAACUCUGACAGGUCUGGUUCCUGGCACAGAGUACAGUAUUGUAGUGAGUGUUACAGGGGACCCUACUACCACCACCAUGCCUGUGAUGUUCACCACCAUAUCUUGCCCUCCAAGCACUGUGAACAGUAUUGUUACUGUCACUGCUAGUACUGUGACUCAAGGCAAUGAUCGCAUUAUUCGACUAACCUGGGAGAGAUCGGAGGAGGAUAAUGCAGCUGGCUAUAGACUGUAUGUGGACCCUUGUGGAGAGGAUAUCCUCUGCACCCCCCUUGUGGAGGAGCGGGAUACCACCUCCUAUAACUUCCCCACCAAUAUCUGUGAUGGGAGACAAUACUCGUUUCAUGUCCAGUCCAUUAACGAGUGCGGGGGUGGAGGACCCAACUCAUCUGUUGUCUUCCGAACAUGUGAGCUGAUGAAUCGCCUGGUGGAGCUAGAACCACAAGACACUGCAGUGACCAUUAAGUGGGACUAUGUCUCUACCCCCAUCUCCAUGACAGUGACUGCUGAGCUAGUAGCUUCUCCUAAUCCUAACCAACUCAGACUCCUUACUUAUGAGAUGAUCUCUAACUUGGUACAAGAGUCAGCCUGCAUACGAGGCCUUGAGACUGACACAACUUAUGAGGUGUGUCUGUUCCCUACCUUCACCAACUCUACUAGCAGUGAUGAGUACUGUGGGUACGUCACAACCACCAACAGCAAUGAUCAGAGCAGCAGCAAUAAUGGUUGCAUAGGACCAUCCACAAGCGAGCCCACUAGCCAGGUAGUGGUGAUUGAGAAUUGGCAGAUAGCUGUGAUUGUGGUUGGAGGUCUUGCCAUUGUUGCCAUGGUAUUCUGUCUCGUGGGACUCUGCUUUGCUUGUCAGAGCUCCAAACAGAAAGAUGACUUUGGAAGUAAUUCCUCACUCAAUGAUCCGACUUAUAACAGCAGCUCUAUUAAUGGAACAGUGAGCAUGCACAAACGAUCAGUGUCACCACCCUCCAGGUCAUGUCUUUCCUACCAUACUAAAGGUCAUAGUACAAACUGGAGCGAUCAUGUAGACACUUUGCGGCAGAUGGAAACAGACACAGGCACUCAUGUUUGACCACACCCCCUCACACAAUCACUUCUGUCUCUCUUUUCCUAUCUCAUUUUCUGCUACGAACAAUUUUUAUAGUAAAUUUAUUUUUGUAUUUAUCUGUCCAUAUGUAUUAAUAAUAAGUGUGUCGUUCUUGG